UUGAUAAUCUGUUCCUAAAGUUUCAAUGGAAAGCCGAUUUGGAUGCACUGUAAAAUUGAAACCGUUUUGCUUUCAUCCAAGUGUAUAGUGAAAUAACCAAAAAAAUUCCUUUUCAUUUCAAAUUUAAAGUGAAUUGUCAGUCUAUAAUAGUUUGGUGUACUUUUUUGUGUAUUAAAGUGAUGUAAGAUGUUGGGUGCCUGACAGGCAGUGUUAUUUGGCUUCUGGAAGACCAGGGAUAAGUUCUGUUAACAGCAAUAAGAAGAUACCAGGAUGUUUCAGAAACAGACAUUCGGUGCAAGCACUUCUGCUUUUGGUACAUCAACAACACCAUCGUUCGGUAGUUUCAAGCCGACAACUGGAACUAAUGCGUUCGGUGCACCUCCGGCAUUUGGAGCAACGGCCACGCCGCAACCCGCCACUGGUGGGGGUCUAUUCGGCUCCACCAACACCACUGGUGGCCUAUUUGGUAGUUCCCCAGCAUCAACUUCGACCCCAGCUUUCGGUGCAACAUCAAGUGCUUUUGGAUUUGGAGCAAAUACAUCUACGGGAGGUCUCUUCAGUAACAACCAGUCCACCGGUCUGUUCGGCAAUACUCAGAAUAAUUCCGCUUUUGGGGCAAAGCCAGCAGGUUUUGGUUUUGGUAAUACAUCGGCAACGGGUACAACAGGUACUGGAUUAUUUGGUUCCACUCCGUCAACAAGUACUGGAUUGUUUGGUCAACAGAAUACCACUUUAGGUGGUGGUGGACUAUUCAAUAAUACUGCGAGUGCAUUUGGACAACAGCAAGCUCCGACUGGAACUGGUCAUGUGAAGUACAAUCCUGUUGUUGGCACUGAUAUGGUGGUCAAGUCGGGUACAUCCCAGAAUGUUAAUAUCAAACAUCAUUGCAUUACUUGUAUGAAGGAAUAUGAAGGUAAAUCUUUGGAAGAGUUGCGUCUGGAGGACUAUACUGCGGGUCGUAAGGGUGCGUCAGCUGGUAUGUUCUCCAGCUUCCAGCAGCCGACUGAGAACAAACCAUUGUUUGGUGGAUCUACUUUUGGUCAACCUGCUACAACUAGCGCUCCUCUUUUCGGUGGAGGUUCUUUGGGUUCUACUGGUUUUGGACAGACGAAUACGUUUGCGUUUGGUGGGAAUACACAAAAUCAAACAACAUCUACAGGAUUAUUUGGUAAUAAGCCUGCAUUUGGAGCUACAAGCACAACUGGUACAGGUAUUUUUGGUGCAUCGACAACUCAAGCACCUACUUUCGGUACAACGACGCCCAGUUUUGGUGCUUUUGGUGCGACCACGCAGAACCAAUAUUCCAGUACACUGACUAUUCCAGCGACAGGUCUGGGUGGUGGUCUGGGUACAUCGUUCCAAGCGAAGCCGGCCGCAGCACCAGCGUUCAGCAAUCUUGGCACAGGCUCGUUGUUUGCUCAGCCGCAGCAGAAUAAUACCUUCAGGACUGGUUUAGACAGCGGUCUUGGCAACAGCAUGUUUGGUACAACCCCCUCUCUGGGCACCGGCUUGUCGCUUGGAGGAUUCAAUGCAAACACCACGCCUGCACUCGGGGGCGGGAGUGCAGCUGGUAGUGGAGUACAUGAGCAGAUAUUGACCCUAGCUGCUCGACCUUAUGGUGAUUCUCCGCUGUUUAAGGACUUACUGCCUGAUUCUGGUGCAUCAGCGGAAGAAGCACUUAAGCCAACCAAUCCAGCAGCAUUGAAGGCCGCUUUGGACACAGCUUACAAAGUCGCCUCGCCCACAUCCGGCCGUCUAAGGGUUAUACCCAGACCUACUAUACCUCAUGAUAAGAAAUCAUUGUUCGACGGCUUAGAAGAAUCAGACCCGAGUUUGGAGGAUAAAUUAUCUUUGAAACCGAGUCGUAAGCGUUUAGUACUGAGACCUAAUGCGACAAGAAAUGACGCAAGCAAUGCGGAGAAUACUAUUGAUAGUAUUAAUAGAUCAUUGGAAGAAACAUCUCGCGCGGAGACAAUGGUUGCGGAGAGCGCAGCGCGAGACGCACACGACGGUCCUCCUUCUACCUCAGAACAGAGGAAUGAUGUUAACAAUACUGAAAUGAACGCUGAAAAACACACGAAUUGGCUAAGUGGUAGUAAAGUGUCGUGGGCUGAGAAAGAAAAGCCAGCUGAUGGUGCUGAAACUCCAAGACUGUAUCCCAACUUGGAUAAAGAUAUGCCUGAAGUGUCUGAAAGGCGUGCCAGUUGGUUGACAACUAAGCCAUUACGCAAGCCAUUGGCUUCCAAUUCAGAAGCUGCGGAGAAUUCUGUACGAGAGUUAGCUGUGCGCCCGCAGAGGUCCUUGGACAAAGAGAAUAUCGACUCUAGUUCUGUAUCAGAAGAAGAGAAUCUAAUAGAACAGGAGGCACCUCCUCAUCCAGCCGGCAUCAAACUGCAGCGACCAGGCUACUAUACUAUACCAUCUCUAGAAGAUUUGAAAGAUUACAUACGUCCGGAUGGAUCUUGCGUUGUACCAAAUUUUACAAUAGGACGUAAGAAUUACGGCAAAGUAUUUUAUGAUUGUGAAAUGGACGUUGCUAAUCUUGAUUUGGAUACGUUGGUACACUUUUUGAACAAAGAAGUAAUCAUAUACCCUGAAGAUGAAAACAAGCCACCAAUCGGUCAGGCUUUGAAUCGCAAAGCUGUCGUCACAUUGGACCGCGUGUGGCCGCGAGACAAGACACAGAGGCGACUUAUCGUGGACCCUGACAGGCUCAUGAAAAUGGAUUACGAAGGCAAAUUGAGACGCGUCUGCGAGAAACAUGAGACAAAGUUCAUUGAGUACAGACCACAGACUGGCAGUUGGGUGUUCCAAGUGGAACACUUCAGUAAGUACGGUCUGACGGACUCUGAUGAAGAAGAUGAACCGACUCCGGAUGUGUUGAAGCGCCAGCUGGUGAAUCAAACGUUGCAGAAGACAGCUGCUGCUGCACCAAAACAGCCAGUUGCUGUUCAGCCGGCAGGACUUGGAGGUCUCGGAGGAGUUGGAGGUCUUGGUGGUCUUGGAGGAGUUGGGGGUCUUGGUGGUCUUGGAGGAGUUGGAGGUCUUGGUGGCCUUGGCGGUGUUGGCAGUCCCGUGGGCUUAGGUGGUCUUUCCACGCUGCCAGGUACCAGUUCUCAAGAGGAUAUGUUCUUACAACGAUCUUCUCUUGAUCUACUAAAUGGAACUGAAAAAGCAUUCGAAAUGGAUACAACCGAGGACUGUACAGAGGUGCCGUCUUUAUAUCCGGAUAGUUUAGCAUUCGGAGUGAAAAGUCCUACAAGUGAAUUGGCGAAACUAGAACAUCGGGGUAGUCACAAUGUGCAACUUAUGAAGGCUUCAUUGUACGCUGAUAUUGGUGACAUCGAUGAUGAUAUGUCUCAAACUACAGAAGAUCAGCUGGUACCAUUAGGAGGUGGUCUUGUGAUGUCCCUACCUUCGAUCACGCAGCAACCUUCGCGUGAUGAACUGCCCAUUAUCAGCCAACCGACUGUACCUACUGAAGAAGCCAUAAUGAGACCUUUGAUAGUACGACCUCAAAGCAUCGUGUUGAAAUUUCAUAGAAAGAUUCCACCAUUUAAGAAAACUAUUGCAGGUCGUCUUGGUGCAUCAUGUCUCGCAGACCUAUCAGUUAGCCGAGCGCGUCAUUCACGUGUCGGUUUUGGACCUAGGAAUACGCUGGCUUACGUCACUACAUACGAUGCAAUGUCUAAUCUACCUAAAUUAACUGAAUGGACGGAAUUAGGUAAUUAUGUGGUCGGUCGCAGUGACAAUGACUGGAGUGAAUCUGUUGUUACAAGACUGGCUAUAGGACGCGACUCUUCUUAUACAGAGGAGGCGCUGCCGCGACAAAUGGAGAGUUUACUAGAGCUCAGUCGUGCUGUGGACGUCGAGGAGGGCGGAUGUCCGCGCCUCGAGCUCUCCACUCAACCGGAGACGAGACGGAGACUGUUGGCUAAGUUCUUGGAACAUGCAAAGUGUGAAGUUAGCAACACUUAUAGACUACAAGUAUGGAAAUUAUGCGAUGCGCUUUGGGGAGCUGAUCUAGAUAAUGGCGGUGUUCCCGGUACAGACGUAUCUUCUAUAGUACAUAGAUAUAAACAGUUUCUAAACUGGCUACAAGACGCGGCUAAUGAUGUAACUCAACAAGAAUUGAAGAUGCCAGUAUCUCCUGAUCCUUUAGACGUGAACGACGGUCAUAGUGCCCGCGUGUGGACACUACUGGUGGGCGGACGAGUGGCUGAGGCGUGUCAACUGGCGAGAAAACACGGAGAUCUGCAUAUGGCGAUGAUACUGGCACAAGCAAGCGGUGACCCAUCCUUCCGUUCGCUGAUAGCAAAGCAGUUGCAGCUGUGGCGUGAAUGCGGCGCUACACAAGUGAUAACUCAUUAUAGACACGCGAUACUGGAAUUACUUGCUGGAAUACGACCUAGAGGUGAACUGGAGAAGCUGGACUGGAUUAGAGCGUUGCAUGUUACUGCAAAAUACCUCUGUCCUCAAGUACCACAUCUGGAGCAAGUGAUCAGAACGUACGAGGGUUACUUUAGCAACUCUGAUGAGGAGGUGGAUCUGGGCAGUUUGGAAGUGGAUGAGAUGGGUAUGGCGGUACCGCAGCCACCGUACACUGAUGAAUAUGAAUUUAGUUUUGAUGUGAAUAGCAGUCGUCGUCCUCUAGAUGUGAGAUACGAGCUGGUGAGAGCGCGCGCUCUCUCCCGUCGCCCUCGUCUCCAGCCUCACAACUACACUGCUGACACCAUGGAUUAUAGCCUUAGUUUCCUACUGGGUUCUUGGCUGGGUCAUCCAACAAUGGACAGUAUAAAAGGCGUCGCAGAACAGUUAGAAGCACGAGGAUAUUGGCAACUGGCUAUACAAGCGCUUGCUUAUCUGCAGAAUACUACGAUGCGGAGUCAUCUUAUCCGUGGUGUACUAUCCCGGAAUGCACCCAUCAGACGAAGAGAUGAGGAACCUGAACUAAGUCUAUUAGAGAAAAUGAGAAUACCAAAGGAAUGGAUAUUAUUAGCACAAGCUGAUAGAGCCAAAUAUGAGCAUCAACCAAAAUUAGAAGUGGAAUAUUUAGUUGGGGCAAGACAAUGGAAUGCAGCGCAUAGAGUGUUGGUGGAUCAAAUACUGGCUGAUUGCGUGUUAUCUGAUAACAUUCAAAGUAUUCGUUCUCUACUGAUAAAGAUGAGCGAGGCUGCGCAACGACAUGAAAUCAAUGGCUGGGAGUGUGGCGGGAAGGCGCUCUAUCAUUAUAUGCAUGUCUGUGAUGAGGUGCGUGGCUUAGUAUCAGCGGCGGAGGGCAGAGCGCCCGGUGGGGCUGCGCUGCAGACGCGGCUGGAGGCGCUACGCCCCACACUAGCAGCAGCAUGUCUCUCACUGGAGAAACUAACGCCCAAGAAUGGCAGACAGGCGGCCGCGCGUGCUGAGAUGGGUGGACGGUUGGUACAGCUCGCGCUUGCUGGAGGUCAGCCACCGAGGCACCUUGCUGCGUUAUUGCGGGCGUUACAUCUGCCGCCUGACUGCACUGUGCAGGCCCAGUAUAAGAUAACAACAGAUUUGGCGGAACAAGCUUCAGAAUUGUGUAUCGAUUCGCCGAUUUCAUCUCAACGGAGUCCGACAUCCGCUCGUUGUUAGAGCGUGAUAAUUUAUCUUUGUGUUAGAAACAAAAUCUUAUCAAAAUCAACGGAUUUGUAGUUUUAAUGUGAAUUUUUAUUAUUCUAGUUAAAUUUUGUAAGCAAAAAUCACAAUAUCGAAUUCCAAUAACCAUUGAUAAACUACACUUUAUGUUAAAAUUCGUAAAUUCCAAAAUAUAUCUGGUAUAAAUCUUACAUACUAUAUAAAAUUUGCUAUACUCCACAAUUUCACAUCAAAUAACCUAAAAAAAGUAAAUGUAAUGGCCGUCAUCUGUAGAAUUUGACUUAUUAGGCAUUAAAACGACAAGAUUCAGUAUAUUUUUAGUUUUUUUUGUUUAAAAUUAUUAGUGAUUUGCCUAAAAAAAAGUGCCAAAUAAGUUUUUCAAAUGUUAAAUAUCAAUUAUUAUAAUUUCACAAAUGUUACUAUCCUAAUAAUGUAAAAAUCUACCAUUUUUUUCUACCAUAUAAAAAAGUUUAUAUGGCAACUCUGUUUGAUCUUCGAAAACUAAAUAAAAAAAUAAUUUUGUUAAUGACUUUAUAAUCAAAUCAAUUGAUAAUAAUUAUAAGUGGUCAAAAUUCAUUUUUCUUUGUCCAAUAUUUGGCUUAAUAAUAAAAAGGUUGGCAUGUUUAUUCUUGUAAUAAAGACGCUUAGAUAUUUUGGUCGUGAAUAAAACACAGUUCUUUGUAUGUAAGCAUCUUUACUUCGACCAUUUUUCUUUUGUCGAUAAUGAAAAGUUAUGUUUGUAAUUAAUAUAAGAACAUGUUUGGUAUGUAAUAAAAGAAAUAUUUUUAAAUAAAA